AUGUGUGAUUACAUGCAAACAGUUAUGCACUUGGGUGAAGCUGCAACAGUAAAUGACGGUGAGUUAAUAGCAGACCUAUUUGGAGCUGUUGGCAAGGUGUGGAAAAUGGACGAGAAAUUGUCUGAUGCUGCUGGUGCUGUUGGGUAUGUGCAUAAGUCCGUCAAAUUUAGUGGUUUUUUCCUUGGACAAUUUUGCAGUGGUGCUGGUACAGCAUUUGCGUAUAUAGCAAUAGAAGCUAUGGCUGAUGGAGGUGUAGUUGCAGGCUUACCACGAGAAAUUUGUCUGAGUCUUGCUUCUCAAGCUUUCUAUGGAGCAGCAGCCAUGGUGAUGAAAACAGGAAAACAUCCAGGUCAGCUGAAAGACCAAGUUGCUUCACCUGGAGGAAUCACCAUUGCCGGGAUUCAUGAACUUGAGAAGGGCGCACUUCGCGCAAGCAUGAUGGACACGGUUGUUGCUGCUACUAAGCGUAGCCAUGAGAUGGGUCAAUGA